AUGUCGGUACCAUGCCACGAUGUGCUCUCGUUGUGGGCGGCCCCGUUGAUCGUAUUCGCUGUUGCUGACGACCACAUCCGUCGGCGGCGUCCAGAGAUGAAAGCCCCCGCCCGGGUACAGCUCGCGUCGAAACAGGUCCGCUACCUUGGCGUAAAUGGCAAACGCAGCAUAGUCGGCGUCGUAGGGUGGUCGCGACACAGCUGGUGCUCCCGGUAG